AUGGAAUUUGACGAAGAAACACCUGGCUUUCUUAUACCCAACGAAGAAGAAUUUCUGACCGGGUUCGUCUAUAACAUCGAAUCCUUUUGCAAAAGUCUUGAAGCUGGCGACGAUCCCUCUCAAAAACAACGUUUAUGUGAUGAAGUGCUAAAAUACAUACAAGGUUGCCAGCAACAACCUAUCUUACUAGAUAAAAUCCUCGCCCAGUAUGUUCCCAUACUAAGCAAUUUUGUGCAUUCUAAUGACGAUUCAAACAAUUUUCUCAGUUCCUUGGUUCUGUACAAUUUUUGCCGAAUUAGAGGCCACAAAAUCAUUCGUGUCUUAUUUCCCACAGAAGUGCAGCAACUUGAGACACUUUAUCAGUUCCUAAUAAAUGAAUUAGAUUUGCCAUGGCAGACAAUUUAUGUGAACUUUUUGUGGCUUUCUCAAUUGCUGAACAUCCCAUUCCCACUUUCUUCCAUUGAGCAAAGCAAAAAUCUCCAACUUCGUAUUGCAGACCUUUCUCUUUUUUUUUUAGAUAGGAGUGGACGGGAAAGAGAAGCUGCUUCUUUGGUUUUGGCGCGUUUACUCUCCAGACAAGAUUGCAUGCAUUUAUUACCAAGCAUCCUACAAUCCUCAAUUGAUUCAUGGGAUUCAAAAAAUCUCUUUUAUAAAAUUGGAUUUCUUUCAUCUUUGGCAGUAACUUUGAAGAUUUGUCAAAGAGAAGACUUUUUGGAUUAUGCCAGCAACGUUUUAUUGUUUUUAAGAUUCGUCCAAGCAUCAAAUUCCUCAAGUAAAAGUACCGCUCUACACAAACUCCUCUCGAAAUGCUAUGCAAGGGUCGGAUUACUUUUGAUUCCCAUAAAUGCAUCCUCCAAUUGGAAAUAUAACCCUUUAAUCCCAGACUCUUUUCAUUCUUUACCCCAAGACACCGAAAUGUCGGUUCAUAGCUAUUUGGAGGAAAUCAUUGAUUUUCUGCUUUCUUCAGUCGAAUACAACGAUACUUUUGUGCGCUGGUCUGCUGCAAAAGGCCUAGCCAGAAUUGUGGAACGUCUUCCUUGGUACUUGGCCGAACAAGUAAUCGACGCUGUUAUCAUUUUAACACUCGAUAACACCUUUUUGAAUCCAAUUUAUAAUACUGUUAACAUAUCAAUUACUUGUCCUGAUCUUUGGCAUGGUUCUAUGCUAUUCUUUGCUAGGUUGGCAAACAUGAGGCUUUUGAAACAUAAAACAAUUUUGCAUAUUCUACCCCUUGUUGAAUUAGGUUUGUCUUAUGAAAUACGCGUUGGAACACGAGUUUCUGGUCAGAGCAUUCGUGAUGCUUCUUGCUAUUUCAUAUGGUCUCUGUACAGAUCCUAUUUGCGUAAAGAUAUUGAGCCUGUUCAGUUGAAUCUUGUGCAUACUUUGCUUCAAACUUUGUUGUUUGACAGAGAAGUAAAUAUCCGUAGAGCAGCAACGGCCGCUUUAUUCGAGAUGGUUGGAAGACAUGGCUCAGUACCCGAUGGUUUGAAUCUUAUUUCAUUCCUUAAUUACACAUCUGUUUCUGAUCUUUCUUACUGCUAUUGCGAGUAUGCAUUAGAGGUUGCCAAAAACCCACAUUUUCGUACUUGCAUUUACCAAAAGUUGUUGCAAAAUUUGCAUCAUUUUGAUUCCAAAAUUCAGAAUUUAGCAGACGCAUCCUUGUAUAAAUUGUUUUCAAUAUACCGCAAGGAAGCUACCGUGUAUUUGCCUUUUCUUAAAGACCGACUUUCAACCGGAAAUACUGAUCAUGCUUAUGGAGAUUUUCUCGCCAUUGGAAACAUUUUGAGGUGCUUAUUAGAUCAAGACUCUUCCAAGGUUAUUGACGAAGUUGGAUCUUUACUUGAUUAUGGCACUUAUAUGCCGGUUGCUAGAUUUUCCCGUUCGCAGAAAACCAAAGUACUUUCUGGAGUUUGCCGAAUGAUAAACUCUAUAUUCUCUUCUCAAUGCGUUUUUGGUAAAAAUCUAACAGAUUCUGCCUUAAAUUGUCUUAAAAGUGCAAUUUCCCUUCGAGAGGAAUCAAUCACUGAGGAUGUAUCGAAUGCAUUUAACUCUUUGAUACAACAUGACUCAUCAAACAGCUACUUAUUUGAGUUUAUGUCUUUGUAUAAUAUAAACUCUUCUCCUGAAGAGUUCUUGACAGUCGUUUCUAUAAUUGAAAAACUGCCUGAUAUUGAUAUAUCUCAACAAGAAAAGAUUGUUUCAUAUUUGAAAACAUCAUAUUGCUCGAAGAACGUAUCUAUAGAGUUCCAGACUUCAAUUAUUUCGGCUUUCAGAGGCCUAUGUCAAAGUGUGUACAGAAAGUCAACGGGUACUAAAGUAAAUGAAUUUACAAACUUUCUUGUUUCAAUUUCUUAUAACUAUAGAAUCGAUACAAGAGGUGAUGUAGGCUCAUGGGUAAGAAAACAAUCCUUGCUUGUGUUCAAACUGUUGAUUACUUUGGAUUCACAAUUCCAAAAACUUCAAAAAUCUCAUGUCAGCUCAAUUUUUUCUUUUAUGGUUCGUCAAGCAUUUGAUAAAAUUGAUAAUAUUCGUUUGUUGGCCUUACAGUGCUUAAACGAUUUGAAAGGACAUCCCGUAUUAAAAUGUGACGAAGGCUUACAAAACAUUAUUGCAUCUUCAUACAAAUGCGAGGCAGAAUAUUUUAAAAAAAUAAAAGAAGAAAGUUUGAAUAUCCGGUUUCUCGAAUAUCCUGUUUUUCGUGAAGAUGCUUUUAAAGGUAUAGUGGCUUUCACAGGAAAUGGCUUUGGAGGUGGAAAGAUAUUUUUAUGUUACAAUAAUUACAAGCAUUAUGUUUGCCAGUUGAAAGAUUUCAGAAAUGAAAGUGGUUCAGACUGUGGGUUGUCGAAACAAGAUAUUUUCGAUCUAUAUGUCCAUUUUUUAUUAUCUGAGGCAGAGGAUAACCGUUUUUACUACCAAGUAGUAUCGUCUUUUACGUCCUUGUUACUCAGUGGUUUAUUUGAGAGGUUCACUUCUACAAAGUCUGUUGUCCGUAUAGCUUUUCUAGCUCAAAGAAGAGCUACAAAAUGUACUUCAACAGCAGGAAUUAUCAUUAUUCUUAACAUGUUAAGAAGUUUCCUGAUAUCCAAGUAUGACAUCUUAGCAUUAUACUCUUUUAAGUAUAUAUCCAAUUUUCUUGUGCAUUCUCGAGAAAAUAUUAGGUUACAGGCUGCAGAUAUCCUUUUCUUUGCUAUUCAAGCAAAGAUUACUACUUUCAUUCCCGAACAUAUCAUAGAGGAGUUUCUUACUGUGGAUUGGUAUGCGCCUUUGCAUACGAAUGCUAAGUUUGUAAAGGGAUUCAGACAGAUUAUCCAGUCCAAAAUUGAGCAGGAUGAACAGUCUAUGAAAAAAGAGAAAAAAAGGCUGUAA